AUGGGCCCCUGUACCGCCUCCUCAUGCUGCUGCCAGGCCCGUAAUCUGCCAUGGGCCCCCGUACCAACUCCUCAUGCUGCUGCCAGGCCCGUAAUCUGUCAUGGGCCCCUGUACCGCCUCCUCAUGCUGCUGCCAGGUCCAGAGUGUGUCAUGGGUCCCUGUACGGCCUCCCAUUGCUGCUGUCUCCAUCGCCACACUCUGCCAUGUGCCACUUUCAGGUCUCCUCACACUGCUGGUGGGUUCCAUUUUGUCAUAGGGUGCUGUAUGGCCUCCCAUUGCUGCUGCCUCCACUGCCACACUGUGGCUCCACACACUGGUUUUGGCCCCGUGACUGCCCAAAUGAGUGAAGUGUGCGGUGAUUCUAAGAUCGACGGCACUCAUCUGCAUGUCAUACUGACUGACAGUAUUAUUUCUCUUCCCCAGCAGACUCCAAGGGCAUUUAAAUUAAAGGUACAGUGUUCUGCACUAAUAUAA